CUUAUAUCAUACAGAACUCCUAUAGUCUUUCUAGUAUACGCUGGACCCUGGGACUGUGACAAAGAUGGCAAGUGCGCCCCAGGACUUCGCUGUGAAGAAGGUGCCUGUGUCCUUCGAACUGACUGUCCCAUGCUGUCGAUGCCUCGCCUGAAAGCCGGUUGCACAAUGUUGACAGUUGUGGACGAGCGAGACUGUCCGAUGCCAAAAAUUGUUUGCAGCAAGGAGAAUCUUAAGUGUGGAUCGAUUUAUUGUGAACCUGGAUACGAAUGCGAUCGCGACACGACAACUUGCAUUCCAAGAACGGAUUGCCCGAAUUUGGUUCUUCCCAAGCAAGAAGGAUGCACUGAUCGAAUGACUUUGGACGAAUUCGACUGUCUUGUUCCCGUUCGCACCUGCAAGUCUGCCAAACCGUUGCGACAUAAACGGCAAACCACCACAACCGCUGCAAACAACCCUACAACCAGCGUAAGCUCCACAACCACCAACUAUCCAAAUUUGCUAUCUAAUGAGCAGUACAUUACAGUGAAAUGCCCACCAAACGCCGAAUACCGUGAAUGUACGAAUAUUUGUCCACCAAAAUCCUGCCUUAACUAUGAUCACGUAUCGCUUUGCUUCUCGUUGCGUUGUGGAGGACCGAAAUGCGUGUGCAAAGAGGGAUAUGUCCAAAUGAGCAAGGAUAUCGAGCACGGAUGUGUUCCCAGAGCAACUUGCGUGAAAAUGAAGGCUCUGCAGAAGAACAUCGAUCAAAACAAACCAACGAAUCAGGGAAAUGAAAUCACUACGCAAGCACAUUCCAUCAAAUCAAACUACCAAAUGACGUGCAAAUAG